AAUAAACAUGGAGUCCAUCUUCCACGAGAAACAAGAAGGCUCACUUUGUGCUCAGCAUUGCUUGAAUAACCUAUUGCAAGGAGAAUAUUUCAGCCCUGUGGAGCUGUCUUCCAUUGCCCAUCAGCUGGACGAAGAGGAGAGAAUGAGAAUGGCAGAAGGAGGAGUCACCAGUGAGGACUAUCGCACUUUUUUACAGCAGCCCUCGGGAAAUAUGGACGACAGUGGUUUUUUCUCUAUUCAGGUUAUAAGCAAUGCCUUGAAGGUUUGGGGUUUAGAACUAAUUCUCUUCAACAGUCCAGAGUAUCAGAGGCUCAGGAUCGAUCCCAUAAAUGAAAGAUCAUUCAUAUGCAAUUACAAAGAACACUGGUUUACAGUUCGAAAAUUAGGAAAACAGUGGUUCAACUUGAAUUCUCUCUUGACGGGUCCAGAAUUGAUAUCAGACACAUACCUUGCACUUUUCUUGGCUCAAUUACAACAGGAAGGUUAUUCUAUAUUUGUUGUGAAGGGUGAUCUGCCAGAUUGUGAAGCUGACCAACUUCUACAGAUGAUCAGGGUCCAACAGAUGCACAGACCAAAACUCAUUGGAGAAGAGUUAGCACAGCUGAAAGAACAGAGAGUUCAGAAAACAGAUCUGGAACGAGUCUUAGAAGCAAAUGAUGGGUCAGGCAUGUUAGACGAAGAUGAGGAAGAUUUGCAGAGGGCUCUGGCACUGAGUCGCCAGGAAAUCGACAUGGAAGAUGAAGAAGCAGAUCUCCGCAGGGCUAUUCAGCUCAGUAUGCAAGGUAGUUCCAGAAAUGUGUCCCAAGAUAUUCCACAGACAUCAGGUACACAUCUUACUUCAGAAGAGCUACGGAAGAGAAGAGAAGCCUACUUUGAAAAGCAGCAGCAGCAGCAGCAUCCACCAGCACAGCUUUCCCACCCACGCGAGAGGCCAACCACAAGUUCAGGUGCACUGGGCAGCGAUCCAGGAGAUGCUAUGAGCGAAGAAGACAUGCUUCAGGCAGCUGUGACCAUGUCUUUAGAAGUUGUUAGAAAUAACUUCAAAACGGAAGGGAAAAAAUAAUAGCUUUUACAAAUCAUUUAGACCUUCGUACUUUCCAGCAUUAUCCUGGAUGAUUACAGCAUAGACGGUCCAUUUUAGUAAUGUGUCCAAGGAACAACGUUCAACAGAGGAAAUAAGGCUUUAGGCGGUUUGCAACAAAAAGAUGAGCAAAUGGAAAAGUGUGUCAGUUGUAGGACUAAAUAACGAUCCUCCAAACACUAGCCAAAGAGGCAUCUAGCAAUUAAAGACAUUGAAAAUGGUAAAA